AGAGGGAGGAGGGCGGGUGCAGCUGAGCUCCGUCCGUUACGGGUGGGGAGGCGGGGAUGAGCCUGUGAGGGGGCGCGAGCCGCAGGGGUUGGGGAGGCGAAGGAGACCGGCCGCAGCAGGCAGAGAGGCGCGGAGCGAUGUCUCAGCCGCCUCAGCAACAUCCGCCUCAACAGGAGCAGCAGCCGGUGGCGAAAAAAAGGGACCGGCGGAUCUUCUCCGGCACCUGCCCGGAUCCCAAGUGCCAGGCGCGCUUGUUCUUUCCGGCGCACGGUCCGCUGAGCAGCGGGAGCAUCGAGUGUACUGACUGCGGGCAGCGCCAUGAGCAGCGGCAACUGCUGGGAGUGGAGGAGGUGACGGACCCGGACCUGGUGCUGCACAACCUGCUGCGGAACGCGCUUCUGGGGGUGAGCGGGGCUGGGCCUCCCCGGAAGAACACGGAGGUGAUCAAAGUCAUGGGCCUCUCCAACUACCACUGCAAGCUGCUGUCUCCUAUCCUGGCCCGCUAUGGCAUGGACAAGCAGACGGGCAAGGCCAAGCUCCUCAGGGAGAUGAACCAGGGGGACGUAUUUGACUGUGCCCUUCUAGGGGAUCGUGCUUUCCUGAUCGAACCUGAGCACGUGGAGACCGUGGGCUAUGGCAAAGAUCGCUCUGGCAGCCUUCUCUACUUGCACGACACCCUGGAAGAUAUCAAGAAGGCCAACAACAGCCAGGAAUGCCUCAUCCCCGUCCAUGUGGAUGGCGACGGCCAUUGCUUGGUCCAUGCAGUCUCUCGGGCCUUGGUGGGCAGGGAACUGUUCUGGCAUGCGUUACGGGAGAACCUCAAGAAGCACUUCACAGAGAACCUCAGUCGCUACAAAGCUCUCUUUCAUGACUUUAUUGAUGCGGUGGAAUGGGAAGACAUCAUCAGUGAGUGUGACCCUACUUUCAUUCCCCCAGAAGGUGUGCCAAUGGGCCUUAGAAACAUCCACAUUUUUGGUCUGGCCAAUGUGCUACACCGGCCCAUCAUUCUCUUGGAUUCCCUAAGUGGAAUGCGCAGUUCAGGAGACUACUCAGCCACUUUCCUUCCUGGACUGAUACCAGAAGAUAAAUGUAUGGGGAAAGAUGGCAUGUUAAACAAACCUAUCUGUAUUGCCUGGAGUAGUUCUGGACGUAACCAUUAUAUUCCUCUAGUUGGAAUAAAAGGUGCUACUUUGCCUAAAUUGCCUAUGAAAUUACUUCCUAAAGCUUGGGGGGUACCUCAGGACCUCAUUAAAAAGUAUAUAAAAUUGGAAGAGGACGGUGGCUGUGUGAUAGGAGGAGACAGAAGUUUGCAAGACAAAUAUUUGAUGAGAUUGGUUGCUGCCAUGGAGGAGGUGUUUAUGGAUAAGCAUGGUAUUCAUCCAAGUUUAGUAUCUGAUGUGCAUCAAUAUUUCUACAGACGGACUGGUGUAAUAGGAGUUCAGCCUGAAGACGUCACAGCAGCUGCUAAAAAGGCAGUGAUGGACAACCGCCUACACAAGUGUCUGAUUUGUGGUGCCCUUUCAGAACUUCAUGUUCCUCCAGAGUGGUUGGCUCCAGGAGGGAAACUCUAUAACUUGGCAAAAAGUACCCAUGGCCAGCUAAGGCCCGAUAAAAAUUAUAGUUUCCCCCUUAACAGUUUAGUAUGCUCCUAUAAUCCCGUGAAGGAUGUUCUUGUCCCAGACUACAGUUUGAGUAGCUUGACUGCCUGUAAUUGGUGCCAUGGAACCUUGGUGCGUCGAGUCAGGAGUGAUGGUUCUGUUGUGUAUUUGGAUGGGGACAGAACUAAUACUAGAUCUGUCGGUGGCAAAUGUGGUUGUGGAUUCAAGCAUUAUUGGGAAGGGAAAGAAUAUGACAAUCUCCCAGAAGCUUUUCCUAUUACUUUAGAAUGGGGUGGGAGAGUGGUGAGAGAGUCAGUGUACUGGUUCCAGUACGAAAGUGACCUGUCUCUGAACAGCAAUGUGUAUGAUGUUGCAAUGAAACUUGUUACCAAGCAUUUUCCUGGGGAGUUUGGUAGUGAGAUUCUUGUUCAGAAAGUUGUCAAUACGAUUCUGCAUCAAACAGCCAAAAAGAACCCUGAUGAUUAUACACCUGUAAAUAUUGAUGGUGCUCAUGCCCGAAGAGUUGAUGAUGUUCAACAAGGACAAGACUUGGAAUCUCAGCUUCCAACUAAAAUUAUUCUUACUGGACAAAAAGCAAAAACAUUGCACAAAGAAGAGCUGAAUAUGAGCAAAACAGAAAGAACUAUUCAGCAAAACAUUGCAGAACAGGCUCCUAUAAUGCAGAAACGAAAAACUGAAAAAUUAAAACAGGCACAGAAAGGGCCAGCUAGAACUGCUUCCCCUGGUGUUGUUCCUGAUGGGCCGUUGUCAGCACCUACUACACCAACCAAGACUCCUUAUUCCCCAACAUCUACAAAAGAAAAGAAAAUACGUAUAACAACAAAUGAUGGGCGGCAGGCAAUGCUUACACUGAAGUCCACAACCACAUUUUUAGAGUUGCAAGAAAGCAUAGCUAGAGAAUUUAAUAUUCCUCCUCAUUUGCAAUGUAUUCGCUUUGGUUUUCCUCCCAAAGAGCUUCUCCCUCCCAAAGAAGGGCAGGAAAAUGAGCCUGUUCCUUUGCUGCAUGGUGACAGAAUAACCAUAGAGAUCCUUAAAGCAAAGGGGGAUAGUAGCCAGUCUAGUUUGGUCCACUCAUCUCAUGCUGUGAAACAUGAUGAUGCUGCAGUUACUAGUAAAAUCUCUUCCAAGGAACUCCAAGAGCAAAUUGAUAAGGAAAUGUACUCUCUCUGUCUUCUAGCAACAUUUAUGGGAGAAGAUGUUUGGUCUUAUGCAAAGGGGCUUCCUCACUUGUUCCAGCAGGGUGGUGUGUUCUACAAUAUAAUGAAGAAAACAAUGGGCCUGGCUGAUGGCAAGCAUUGCACUUUUCCACAUUUGCCUGGUAAGACCUUUGUGUACAAUGCUGCAGAAGAUAGACUGGAACUUUGUGUGGAUGCUGCUGGGCACUUUCCUGUGGGUGCAGAUGUAGAAGACUUGGUUAAGGAGGCACUGAGUCAAGUACGAGCAGAAGCUUCUUCAAGAAGCCGGGAAGCAAGUCCUUCACAUGGGCUUCUAAAACUAGGUAGUGGUGGAGUGGUUAAAAAGAAGUCAGAGCAAAUUCAUAAUGUAACUGCAUUUCAAGGCAAAGGGCAUUCCCUGGGAACUGCAGCUGGUAGUCAACAACUUCAUCAAAGAGCAAGGGAAACUCCACUUACAAGAAAACAGAGUACAGGCACAGAUUUCAGUCCCAGUUCUGCUAAAUCUGAGCCUUCUGUUAACAGUGAGCUUAUACGGAUAGCUCCUGGAGUAGGAACAAUGAGAGACAGCAGGCAGCUUGACCCUAAUUUGAUUGAGGCACAGCGAAAAAAAUUGCAGGAAAUGGUUUCUUCAAUUCAGGCGUCAAUGGACAGGCAUUUGCGGGAUCAGAAUGCAGAGCAAUCUUCAUCACAUGAGCUCGCGCAAAGGAAAUUGGAGGUGUCAGGUUCUUCUGCUAAAACUAGAAGCCCUCAGACAAGUUUGUCUGAAUCAUUUUCAAGUGGCAGUGGACAUCUGAAUGCAGAAACGGAUAGUAACAUAUCAAAUGCAGUGGGAGGAAUAUUCCCCACAAGAUCAAAAGCGCAAAAAGGAAAUUCUGUUGAAGAGCCAGAAGAGAUGGAUAGUCAAGAUGCAGAAAUUACUAAUACAACUGAGCCAAUGGAUCAUUCAUGAAAAAUUAAAUGCUGAUAAAGAUACAAGAGAUUACUGUGCAAAAGUAACAUUUGUUGGCAGGGCCACAUAAAAUUAGUUCAUUGAAUCUUGUAUGUUUCAAAGAUUAUAUCUUACUCAUUGCAUGAUAACAAAUGUGUGAUAGACAAUAGCUUUUAAUAUACCAUUCUGCUGCCCAGGUUAGCUCUCAGUUACCUGUAAAUUAGUUAUUAGGAUAUGCACUGAGAUGAAUAUCUGCUGUAGAUGUGGAUUAUAAUUUUCUUUGUAAUUUAAUUCCAUUAAAGUCUUAAUGUUGCAGCCCAUUUGAGAUCCUUAUUAGAUUUUUAAGAUUGAUAUGCGAAAAUAAACCCUGGCAAACGUAAUGUGUGUUGUCAAAUAUUGAUCCAUUCAGGAUUACAGCAUAAAGAGACAUUCCCCUAGAUCUGAAUGCUUUGGAUUUAUUUACAUUUGUCAGGUUUUUUGAUCUAUACAAUGAUACUGAUUUCAAAUCUCUUGAAAGUUCUACAUUUAAGGAAUGAUAGGGAUAAAGGUAAUAUAUAGUAUAAGAUGAAGCAACAGUGAUGUUAAUGCAUGGCGGUCUGAGCCAGUGCAGCUUUUUCAUUGCUCUGUUGGCAAGUGAUUGCAUGUUAGUUUUGAACUGGUUAGGUACCAUGGCGUGCUUUCACAUUUGCAAAGACAGUCAUAAACAAGCAUUUUAAGAAGUCACAGCAGACCAGUGAAUUGGUUUAGUGCAGGAAGAUUUCGAUAAGUAUUAGUUACCUGGGGGUGAUGAUUAAGAUUUAUUUCUGAGCAUGUUGGAUUAAUGGAAUUUAGCAGAAAGGAGUUUCAUCAGAGUUUUUCAGUGGUAUUGUUAAAAGCUCCUUUUUAAUUUCAUGGGAAUGGGAAAUAUUUAGUGUUCUUUGUGAUGCAAAUCUUUCUACACCAGUUUGAUUAAAAUGUCAUCCACUUAAACAGCAUAUUCAUCAGAGCUACAGUGCUAAAUUUUAAAAAGCAGCCAUUGUGUUUGCUUCAUAAAGAUGGAAUGUUUAUCUUGAUAUUAAUAUUGCACUUUUGCCUCUUUGCAUAUUUUUAUUUUAUGUGCAUUAUUACUGCUUCAUCUGAUGAAAAUAAACUUGAAAUGAUAAAAGACUUGCAAUACAGAAGAUACAGAAUUCUCAAGUGCUUAGUUACUGAUACUAGUUGUUGAGUGCACAUGAGUUUUACCUGGCCCACAAAUAUUAAGUUUGUAUUACCACUGUUUGUAUUCUGAAAAUAUGCUCUCUCUUCCUGCAUUUAUAAUCGCGCAAGAAAUUCUAAACAAUUCUUUAUUAAAUAUCCCAAGUAAGAGAAGGUCUAUUUUUUAUAUGAGAAAUUAACUGAAGGUGUAAUUGUCUCUGGUCUACUAAAAUAUAUUAAUCCAUUCAAACACCAUUUUGCUUUUCUCAUAUAGGGAAUACAUAUUUUAUUAUCUAUUACUCUGCUUAUAUAUAAGCAUACAAAUCACACCUUCACAAAUAAACAAUUUUACAUAUAUAAUUUUCUCUAAGUUUGUGUUGCUUACUUUUGUCAAACAAAAUAUAUGACUUAACAGUUGAUCUAUGCCUUAGUGAGAACAGUAAGCUCCAUGCUACAUACUGAAAAUGACCAUAGCUUUAAGUAUUUGGCUAUGACCCAGAAGCCCAUUUAUGCAUGAGGGUAUGUGCAGUGGGGCUCCAUUCUGGCACACCAGCUUCCCAUGUCCAGAUUUCAAAGGUAGCUUUUGAUAUACUGUGAGAAGACUGUCAUGCUGAAAAAGAAGGCAGCACUGUUACUUCUGACAAAUAGGGCCAGUUAUGCUAGAGAUCUAAAUUUGUACUGAAUCUGGAUUAACAAUGUGGUUUCCAUCAGAAAAUCCUGGGAGUUGUAGUAUCAGUGUGAUGAUAAUUCUUAGGGACUCCCCAGCCCCUUCACAAAACUACAAUUCCAAGAUUUUUUUGAGUGAGAACCAUGGUGCUUAAACAGGUCUAAAACAGACUUGAAUUUACAGUGUUGAUAAGCAGCCUCAUUGCUUGACCAUAGUAUAUAGAUGCAUAAAACAGAGGGAUAUUGGUAACACUGCUUUCUCAAAAUUCACAUAUAAGUAAGCAAAAGUUCACUUCUCAUAGAAAGUCUUUUCAAUUAAAGCAUAGUACAUGGUAUUAUGAAUUCAGAACCAUCUUUCUCCUACUAAGAAAAUAGUUCAAGGUGCUGUUCCAUCAUCUCCUUUGUGUGGAAUGAAUAUUGAUUUGUGGCAUAAAAAUAUAGGAAGAUUAGGAGCUAUCUAGCUGGAUGGGAAAUACUACUGGGUCUGAACUGUUGGGGGGAAAUACACUUGAACUCUUAAUUUUAUGGUAGUAACCCCAAUUAUCUCAAUCAAAAUUGAAUGAAGUACUAUGUAAGUUCCAUUGAUUUUUGUGGUGCUUAAUUGCAACCAGUUCUGAAAAGACUAUCAAAUGAGUUUAAGUACUUGCAGCUAGCUAAGGAAUUGCCUCUUUAAUAAUGGACAGGCAAAUAUAAAAUGAAUUUAUGGGCAACUUCUGUUCUGGAGAGGAAAAUGUUAAAGACCUGUAGGAUGAGUUUGCUAGAAAUUACCAAGUUCUGUAUGUAUUAUUCACAUCAGAGUUUCUGAUGUAUAUUUGAUUCCCAGUUUAACAAUUAGACAAUAAUUUUAUCAGAUCAAGGACUAUUCUACUUGCUAUUACAGAUUAAACAUACUUUUUAUUUCACAGCCUCUGUAUGCUUAUGGAUGGUAAACAGGUCUAUAGUGAUAAGCACAGCAGCAUUUAAUACAUUGGUUUAUUAAAGAGGGUUAAGACGCUGUACAAUCAGAGAAAAGAAUUAAAAAUGAAAUGGAUGUUGAAAACUGCUGGAAUUAAAACAUACUUGCAGCUUUCUAUUCCAAUCUAAAGUUGUUUGGGGUAUAUGUGUUCUUUAAUAUACUAGUUUAAUAUUUCUAUGGAAACUUAAUAUUUGGUUUUCACUGCAUCUUUAAAAAAAUAACACUUUAUCUUUGUUCCACAGCUGCAAAAAUGGUUUGAUCAUAUAAUUUUUAAAAUGUUUUCUUGUGGCCUUUUUGUUGCUCACAUGGGAAAUAAAAUGGCAAGGUGUAACAAAGAUUCUCAUAUUUUAAAAAAUGAUGUUUUCCGUCUUCCUACCCUAUGUGUAUAUUAUUUCUGUCCUGUCACUUUAAAGAUUAUACAUAUCCCACUGAAAAUAGCCUGUUAUAGGAGAUAGCAUUUAGAAAUUGCCACCUUAAGACCCAGGAAUGUUUUUUUCUUCUCUUCUUUAGUAAAUCUGCUGCUAUGGCUAUGUACUAAUAAUGAAAAGGAAACAGUAUAUUUUCAAGACCGACAUUACUGUGUUUGUUAAAAGGGAUAAAUUGAGAUAUGACAACAGUGGAGUCCUUAAAUUAUGCUUCCCCCCCCACACACACACCAGCUGAAAAAAAAUUGGCAUAGAUAUAAACACAAAAUCAGAUGGCAUGAAUCAUCCCUAAAUCCCGUUGAGAUUCAAAUAUAAGUGCUUAGGAUCCUUGUAUAGGUUACUUUUUGUUCGCAUCAUUUUGAACUGAGGGACAUGGCAAUUCAGAAUUUGGUAUCCUUCAUAUGGGAAAUUGCAUUAUAAUCCAUCAAAAUUUAUGAAUAUCAGAACAUUAUUAUAUUUUAAGGUGAUGCAUUUACAAUUCUUUCAUUCAGAAUUCCCACUUAGUACUUAUGAUUGUAGUAAAGUUGUAAAACUGAAUUGUGAUUGGUAUAUUUAGAUUUUAUUUUUUAAGGGAAUUAUUGCCAGGAGGAGAAAUAGUGCACUUUCGGAAGUAAUGAUUUUAAAAAUGUAUAAAUAAGCAUUAGAACUGUAUAUAUUUAGGAAACCUUUUAAAAACAGCAAGUGCUUUACUUAUUGAAUUAAAUUAGAAUAGCAAUGACACCAUGUUUGCAAUGCUGGCUAUUCAGCACAUUUGGAUUUUAUUUGUGAUUUGCUGUACUAAUUUGUUUUUUAACUGUAAUGUAACAAUAGUGUAUUAUAAUAGUGUACUAUAUUACACUUUACUGUACAGUAUUUGGAAUUUUCUUUGAUUGCUAUA